CGCAACAGCCCCGGCGCCGGGGGUGGGGGUGGCCCAGACAGGGAGAGGGGAUGAGCGCGCGCGAGAGCCGGAGACAGCGCGAGACCCGAGGAGGCCGGAAGCGCGCGUGCGCGCCCCCGCCCGCGAGCGGGAGGCGGAGCCGCAGCAGUAGCGGCAGCAGCUGUAGGAGCCGCUGCAGCUGGGAGAAGCGCCAGAGAGGCCGGGCCUGCUCCGGUCGGACCGGAUCCCUCCCUUCCCCCUCCCUCCUCCCUCCCCUCCCCCAAACCCACUUCCGCAGCUCGCGGCCUUGCCGCCGAAGCAGCAGCGGCGGCAGCAGCAGGAGGCGGCGGCGAGGCGUCGGAAGGAUUACGCACCUGACGGGCCCGCCUCCGAGGGCUCCAGCGCGGGACGCUCACCGGUCGCCGCCGCCCAGGGCGCACUUCGCGGUGGCGGUGGGAAGGGAGGGACCGGCCACGGGGAACGGAACGCGAAUCGCCCCCCUCCCCUUCCUCCCUCCCUCCCUCCGAUCCGCCGCCCGCCCUCUCGGCUUCCGUCCCCUCCCCCUCCCUCAAAACCCCGGAUGGAGCCGCUGCCGACUCGCCGCCGCCUGGCUCCGGGGGAUGGUUUUGUCAAGCGGCCAGAGCCCCGGCGCCAGGCGCAGCCGCCGCCGCCCCCGCGAGGCGCCCCUGCCCUCGCUUCCCAGAACCGGGUCCCCGAGUGGCCCGAGCCCUCCGCCUGCCUGCACCCGGAGCCCUGGGACGAGGGUCAUUCGGCGUCUUUGUUGCCACUGCCGCUGCCGGAACCGUUUGCGAGCUCCGGUGGCCCCCGCCCCCCCCUCCGCCUUCCCGGACCCUGGGCUGGGGGUGGCACGUGGGCACCGGCCCCGGGAGGCGGAGGCGGUGCGCGCUUACCUGUCGCCGGUGCUGCUGCGGCGGGGGGUGUGGAGGAGGCGCCGCUGGGCAGCCUCGGCCGUGCUGUCCUCCCCGCCGCCGCCGCCUCUGCCUCUCGCUGCUGCUGCUGCUGCUGCUGCCGCCGCGGUCGGUGUCUCCGGCGCGGCGGCGGCGGCGGCGGCGGGGCUUUUCCUGUCCGGUUACGUUAAGGUCACAUGACCGAGAGAGCGGAGAGACUUGUGCAAAGAGGCUGCGAGCGGCUCCCGCCGGGGGGGAGAGGCGGCGAGAGAGCAGUGGCGGCAAGAGCCCCCUCCGCCCCCCCCAGCCGCUCCCCUCCCCCCGCCCGCCUCCGCCUCCUGCUGCUCUGCCGCCGCCGCCGCCGCCUGCAGCACUCCACUGCCGCUCCCACCCAGGCUCCGCGCUCUGCUCCAGCCAAACUUCUGCAGACCAUGUGCAGCCGAGGCGAGGAAACUUCUCUCCACCUAUUGGGGCUGGAGGCCUGAGUCACAAGCCCCCUUGUUUACAUAAAGUGUUUAGGUAGGACAAGUCCUUGAGAUGCUCGGGGUAGAGAUGGAGAGCCGCUGCUCGUAUACUUCUGCCGGCUUCUGCUUGAGAUCUUUUGGCCGUUACCCUUGUCCCUUGACUUUCCGUGUUUGUUUUAAACCGGGGAGAUACUGUAAACCAGUAUCUUCCUGUCACCAAUGGUAACUGAAAGUCAUGCCGAAGUACAGAUGCCUGUACUGUGCACAGAGGUAGAGUUGCUUCCUUUUCCUUGCAGAUUAGUUGAGCGACGUAAGAUGUUUCUGUUAGGGUUGAAUUUUGAUAGUUAUUUCAGCAACUGGAUUUUCGUUUUUGAAGUUUUGGCCUCCCAAAAAUGAAAGUCUGCAACGCAUGUUUGUUAACAAUUUAUUCUCCUGUUAGGUUUUGGUCUUUGAGGUAUGGAUUCCAGUGUUGGCUAUUCUGUUAGAUUUAGAGGUUUGGAAAAUCUUUCAACGGGGAGAUCCUGAAACAAGGCAGAUAAGUUAGAAUUUCCUGGUCAUUUUUAACUUUUUAAAGUUUUGGUUGUUGCCAUUUUUCUAGAAUUCGUGUGUUUUUUGGGGAAAUGCAGUUUAGUUCUUUGAGGAUUGGAAUUUAAUGAUAUCUUUACACAUCUAGGAUUUUUUGAGAUUUAGAAAGGAUAUGGCUGCAUUCUUAAGGAAGUGGAGGCAGCAGUUUCUGGGAUACUCUGGUUUCAAGUCAUGCUAACCUGGUUAUGAUGUCUAACCCAUGUUGGUUUACACAGUCUGACCACCAGCCAAUGCCUGGCACAUAGUUUAAAUCAUUUAAGGCAAGCUUACCAUCUUAAGACAAUUUAAUACAUAGAAGUGUUCCUCCUAAAAAUCUUUUAUUUAGCAAUGUUGUUAUACCUGCAGGUACUGAUGACUAAUUCCUUCUUUGAAGACAAAAUAAGCAGCUGUGUAGCUUCAGUGGCUCUCAGAUGGAUAAUAGAUUCAGUGUACACUUGCCUUGAACUUUACUGUUUUUUGAUCAACUAGAUAAGUGACUUUAGUGAGUAAAUGUCUGCCUCCAAAACCAAAUUCUGAUCUUAGUAUUCUACUGCAGCGCUGUCACUGGAACAUCAAAGUUGGCCUUCAGACUGGCAUGCCUGGUUCCUUGGAUUGACUUGAGUAUUGAGGUCCAUCUCAUCUUAUUAGGAAACUAAAAUGAUGUUGAUUAUUUUGUAGAGAAUCAUAGAGAUCUGUAGGUUCUUAAUUCUUUUGGACUUUCAUUCUGAAAUUUUUCAACCUUAUGGUGUUGGUGGAGUGCUCAUGUGAAGAGUGAUACUGAUUUAAGAAAAAAUAAAAGAAAAAGUGGGCAUAACUAAUGCUGAACUUGAUACCAUUGGGCAGAAAUUUGCCUAUGUGUGUAGAGUAAUUGGUCUUAAGUCAAAGUAACUAUGCUUAUUUUUGAGAUCAGAGUAUUUCCUAGCGCUCCACUCUAUAGGUUUAUAGAAAGAAACCCAAGGGUAAGCCCAGAAACUGAGUAUCAGUCCUAAAGAAAGCCUAUCAAGUGCAUCCUAUUCUCUUCAAGAGCUGCUACUCGAAUUUAGGACUGGGCUGGUUUGCUGCUCAUUCUCUUGAGGCAUAGGCAGCCACACUUGAAUUUUGCCAAGUAUGCAGAUAAUUCCAACUUGUAGUCAGGAUCAUCAAGUAAUAGCAUUAUAAAGAGAGCUAUACAGACUGUAUAUUUUCUACAACUUGUUGAAAUAGAAACAUUUAUAUGGAUACAUAUAUCUGCAAGGGUUGAGGAGAAAACAGCCGUGGCAAGUAAGAGCUAGUUAGUGUAUUUCAGGAUAAGGCCAAGGGAAGCUUUCAGUUCUCUACUAAGUCUCGUUGUGGGAAAGUCACAAAUGUCCCUAGUACAGUAAUAAGAAAAAUAAAAAGGCUGAGCGUGGUGGCUCACACCUGUAAUCCCAGGACUUUCAGAAGGAUGGCUUGAGCCCAGGAGUUGCAGAUGGGCCAGGACAAUAUAAGGAAAUCCCAUGUAUUAGAAAAAAUGAAUUAGCCAGGCAUGGUGGUGUGGGCCUAUAAUCUCAGCUUGGGAGGCUGAGGUGGCAGGAUCGCUUUCAGCCCAGGAGUUCGAGGCUGCAGUGAGCCAUGAUCACAUCACUGCACCCUAGUCUGGGCAACAGAGU